UAAGUUAGGUACCAUGUAGGUAUUUGGAGAACACUGCUGCGCCAGUGCAAUAAACGGCCUCGCUCUGAACGCACGUAGUUUCAUUUAUAACACGUGGCGACGAUCGGUUUAAUUACAUACCUACUCACGCAAUAAAAGUUGAAGUUGUAAUAAAUAUUCAUAAUGAACAGUGCUAUCGGGAAUUUACCUUGUUACGAAGUAGGAAGUGAUUGGCGAGUUUUUAAGGAAAGAUUAAAAAUUUGGUUAGAUGUGAAUACCGUCAAACAAGAAAGCAAGGAAUUUUCGAAGAGCGAAUGGCACCGGGCUGUGUUACUCAGCGCACUCAACGAAACGGCGUAUAAGUUGGUACGCGAAUUAAUUGCUCCGAAAACAGUGACGGAGUUGUCGUAUGACGAGAUUAUAACUGCAAUAGACAAGCACCUUUUGCCAAAAAAAUCUCUGUUUGCGGAGCGGCACCAUUUUCACAGUGCGACACAGAGGGUUGGCGAGGAAUAUGCACAUUGGGCCGCACGAGUUCGUCGCUUGUCUACGGAUUGCGAGUUUGGUUCAGUUGUCGAUGAAAUGUUGCGGGAUCGCUUUAUACUGGGUAUGCAACCUGGUGCGGAACGCAAUAAAUUGUUCUUAGAAGAACCGAAAGCGUUGACGCUGAAUAAAGCACUCGACAUAGCUGUGUCGGUACACAGCGCGAGACAAGCGGCGAGGCAGUCAGAGUCGGCGCCGGCGGCGUCGGCGGUGGGUACAGCGCAGGCGCAGCUCGCACUUGCGGACGUGUAUAGGGUUGCUGCAAGUUCGUCUAACGGUGUACAGUGUGAAGUAUGCGGGUAUAAAAAUCACAGUGCCGAAAAGUGCAGAUUUAAAGGCUACAAGUGUAAAAAUUGCGGGCUUAAGGGCCAUUUAAAGCGCAUGUGUAAAAGCGAUAAGCGCGUAAAUAUGUUACAAGUUCAAUCUUCUGACGGAAGUAACGAUGAUGACGUGUUUGCAAACUAAGUAUUACAAAGGGAAUAGAAAUGUAAAUCUAGAUAUAAGUGACAGUGUGUUAGUAAAACUUAAUAAUCAUAACAGAUGGUAUAAAGGAAUUAUAAAGAGCAAGAUUGGAAACAGUUUAUUCGAAAUUUUUAUACCAGAACUUAACCAAAAAAUAAAAAAGCAUAAGAAUCAGAUAUACAAGUUAAAAGUGACUUCAGAGACCGCAGACGCCAAGGCCAAGUCAUGCGGUGAAGAAUUACAAUGGGAGUUAUUGCAAUCACCUUCGGAAGCACCUAGAACGACCAAUUCAGAGGCAAUGCGAGAAGAAAUGUCUAGUGGGGAAGGAUCGGUAUUAGACAGAGUCUCGGGAAGAGAGUGUGGCACGACAUCAGAGGGAGCAGACACAGCCGAGCCUCCAGCACCGGGGCCCGCCGAGCUUCCGGGACUCGCAGCAGGCACAGGGUGGCGUUCAAGAUUAAGAGAUAUUCCGCGGUUUGAUUAUAGCCCUUAUUUUUAGUUUUUAAGGAUUUAAGGUGGAGGGAUGUUGGGUAAGUUAGGUACCAUGUAGGUAUUUGGAGAACACUGCUGCGCCAGUGCAAUAAACGGCCUCGCUCUG